AUGCAUAGCUGUGAAUUUGCAGCUCUACAAGACGAGCUUCUGCUUCAUUUUCAGUCAUUUUCAGGCGAGAGAGAAGGAGAUGAACGUCGUAGAAACUCUGAUGUUAGUGAGAUACUCAAGAACACAACUUUCCCUAGGAUCCGUUUCACCAGUGCUCCUCUUCUACUUGGUUGUGACAUAAGAAACAUUACCAAAGAGACAAUGGAGAUUGUGGCAACCAAGGAGGUCAUUGCUAUAAACCAAGAUCCACAUGGUGUUCAGGUCAAGAAAGCUAGAAUGGAAGGUGAUAUCCAGGUUUGGGCAAGACCAUUGUCAGGUUACAGAGUAGUUUUGCUUUUAUUGAACCGUGGACGAACACGAUCUCCCAUUACUGCUUUUUGGGAUGAUAUUGACAUCCAUGCAAACAGCAUCGUUGAAGCCAGAGAUCUAUGGAAGUACCAGACAUUGAAGCAAAAGUUUGUAGUGAACUUGACAGCAACUGUUGAUUCUCAUGCUUGCAAGUUGUAUGUUCUCAAACCUGUUGCUUGA